GCAAAUGGCUUCCUCAAAAAUCCAAAGUCAAAUGGCUUCCUCUUCCACAUAUCUUUCAUCCCUUAUCUUCACACUCAUUCUUCUUCUCCUUCCAAGUCACAAGCAAGCAUGUUUCACUUCUAUUUUCAGCUUCGGUGACUCUCUUGCAGACACCGGAAAUCUCCUCUUCUACCUCAACAACAACCACCGUGUCAGUCAACUUCCUUACGGCCAAACUUACUUCCAUCACCCUACCGGCAGAUUCUCCGACGGCCGUCUUGUUAUUGAUUUCAUAGCGGAGGCACUUGGGUUGCCAUUAGUGCCACCUUACUUGCCCGGCGGCGAUAGCCGGAACUUUGAGAAAGGUAUCAACUUUGCGGUGGCCGGAGCCACUGCAUUGAACAAUGACUUCUUUAAAAGUAAGGGAAUCCAUGUCAACUGGAACAAUAAGUUCACUUUGGAUGUGCAAGUGGAGUUGUUCAGACAGUUUCUGCCUUCCAUUUGCUCAACUAUUUCAGAAUGUGAAGAAAAGUUAAGUAGUGCACUGUUCUUAAUGGGAGAGAUUGGAGGCAAUGACUACAACGAUCCAUUUUUUCAAGGGAAAAGCUUGGAAGAAAUAACAACAUUUGUACCUUUAGUGAUCAAUGCUAUAAGUAGAGCCAUUACUGAAGUGAUUGAGCUUGGAGCAAGAACAUUGUUGGUACCUGGGAACAUACCAAUUGGAUGCAACUCAGCCUACCUUACUUUGUUUCAUGUCUCUAAUAAUGAAAGCUAUGAUCAAGAAACAGGUUGCAUCAAUUGGUUGAAUGAGUUCUCACAAUACCACAACCAGCUUCUCAUCAAUGAGCUACAGCUUCUGAGGAAAUUGCAUCCCCAUGUCACCAUCAUCUAUGCUGAUUAUUUUGAGGCCCUUAUGCCUAUUUUCCAAUCACCUGAAAAAUAUGGGUUUCAAAGUUUCCCUCUAAGUGCUUGUUGUGGUGGUGGAGGUUUGUAUAACUACAACUUAUCUUGUUACUGUGGAGACUUGGGAUCAACCGUCUGCAUGGAGCCAUCAAAAUAUGUUACUUGGGAUGGAAUACAUUUAACUGAGGCUGGUUACAAGCACAUUGCCACUAGUUUGCUUCAAGGUAAGUAUACUAAUCCUCCACUAAUCACUCAAACAUGCUUCCCUGAAACAAUUGUAGAUCUUCAUGAUUUUAAGCAAUAUUCAUCUUAGAAAAUUAAAUUCCUGUGUUUCCCUUUUGAUGGGAAAAAAAUGUAAUGAGGAUGAUCGGUUUUUUUUUUUUGGACUUGUGUAAGUUUAUGCCGGGAGAAAUGUCCUUUCAAUGGUUAAUUUC